GUUUCUUCUUCUUUAACUCUCUCCAUCUCUCUCUAUAUAUAUUUAUAUCCAUACUGAACUUAGUCACAUACAUAACAAUUUCUUAUGCUGCUUCUUGUAGUUAUAUAUACGUCUAGUCUCAUAAAGAGAGAUAUGUCUAUAUGUAUGUUUUCUUUAUUUGGAUUUGUUUUUAAAUAUGAGUAUUUGCAUGGGAGAUUAUCCGUUUCAGAACUUUCGAAAGGAGUUAAAGAAACUUUUGUUCUCUACAAGUUCACCUUUUUAUGUGAUUAAUUAUAGAUUUUGAUUACUAAUGGAUAAAAAGGGUUUUCAAGAAAUGAUAAACGUAAAACCAAUGGAUCAAAUGAUUUCAAACACCAACAACAGCACAUCGCAACAACAGCAACCAACAUUCAUCGCCACCACAUCAAGGCCAAACGCCACCGUAGCGAACGGCGGCUCCGGCGGAAACAACAACAAUACGGCUACUACGAUGGAAACUAGAAAGGCCAGACCACAAGAGAAAGUAAACUGUCCAAGAUGUAACUCAACGAAUACGAAGUUCUGUUAUUACAACAACUACAGUCUCACGCAACCAAGAUACUUCUGCAAAGGUUGUCGAAGGUAUUGGACCGAAGGUGGCUCUCUACGCAACGUCCCUGUUGGAGGCAGCUCAAGAAAGAACAAGAGAUCCUCAACACCUUUAGCUUCACAUUCCAACCCCAAGCUUCCAGAUCUAAACCCACCGAUUCUUUUCUCAAGCCAAAUCCCUAACAAGUCGUCAAAAGAUCUUAACUUGUUGUCUUUCCCGGUCAUGCAAGAUCAUCAUCAUGGUAUGUCUCAGUUUCUUCAUAUGCCAAAGAUCGAGAACAACAAUACAUCAUCUUCAAUCUAUGCUUCAUCAUCUCCUGUCUCAGCUCUAGAGCUUCUAAGAUCUAAUGGAGUCUCUUCGAGAGGAAUGAACACGUUCUUGCCUGGUCAAAUGAUGGAUUCAAACUCAGUCAUUUACUCAUCUUUAGGGUUUCCAACAAUGGUUGAUUACAAACAGAGUAACAAUAACCUUUCGUUCUCCAUUGAUCAUCAUCAAGGGAUUGGAAACAACACCAUCAACAGUAACCAAAGAGCUGAAGAUAAUAAUCAUGCUGAUGACAUGAAUGGAGCAAGUAGGGUUUUGUUCCCUUUUUCAGACAUGAAAGAGCUUUCGAGCACAACUCAAGACAAGAGCCAUGGUAAUAAUACAUACUGGAGUGGGAUGUUCACUAAUACAGGAGGAUCUUCGUGGUGAAAAAGGUUAAAAAGAGAUCAUGAAAUUAUUGUUAUCUCUUCUCUUUUUCACCUUUUUAACUCCUUAUUUAUUAUAUUUUUACUUUGAUGAUCUUUUGUUCUUUCUCACAUGGGGUACUUUAGUUAAAGUUGUCAGGACUUAGUCUACAGAUAGUCCUUUCUAUUCCUUCUUUCGGGUGUUGUUCUUUUUAAAUAGUAUUAGUGUGUGAUGAUAA